AUGAAUGAGCAAAUUCUUUUUGACAAUUUUCCAUUAACAUUUUUGAAUAAUGAAAUAAAUGAUGAAACUUUCGAAGAUACCAAUGAAAAAAAUUAUCGAGAAACAAUAAAAGUAAUUACGGAAAAAUUGAAGCAAUUACGAAUUGAAAUAAGUGAGAAGCACUCAAUAAGGAGUAUGUUAGAGGAAAAAUUAUCCAUGCUAAAAAAGGAAGAACAUGUAAAACAAAAUAAUAUAAAUUAUAUGAUGAAUUUUUGUGAAAAUAAUAAUAUAUAUGAAAGAGAAAUAAUAAAUUACCAAAAUAAUUUAGAUCAUAUAAAGAAGCAAAUACAAAACAGCAAAUGUAAAAUAAAAUUAUUACUAGAAAAAGAAUUUAAAGUUAGGAAACAAUUGCAGUUAAGUUAUAUGCAACUGUAUGACUUAUUAAACGACAGAAUUCAGUACAUUAUUAAUGAUUAUGUAAAGCAUAGAAAAUGUGCAUGUGCAAUAUAUGCGUACCAGCAGGAAAAUAAAGACAAUUCAUGA